AUGUACCGCUCCACCAAGGGCGCCUCCAAGGCGCGCCGCGACCAGAUCAACGCUGAGAUCCGGAACCUCAAGGAGCUGCUGCCGCUGGCCGAAGCGGACAAGGUCCGGCUGUCCUACCUGCACAUUAUGAGUCUUGCCUGCAUCUACACUCGCAAGGGAGUCUUCUUUGCUGGAGGCACUCCUCUGGCGGGCUCCACAGGGCUUCUCUCAGCUCAAGAGCUUGAAGACAUAGUGGCGGCACUACCUGGAUUUCUGCUUGUGUUCACAGCAGAGGGGAAGCUGCUAUAUCUGUCUGAGAGUGUGAGCGAGCAUCUGGGCCACUCCAUGGUGGACCUUGUUGCCCAGGGUGACAGUAUCUAUGACAUCAUUGAUCCAGCUGACCACCUAACUGUGCGCCAGCAACUUGCCCUGCCCUCUGCCCUGGAUACUGAUCGCCUCUUCCGCUGUCGCUUCAACACCUCCAAGUCCCUCAGGCGCCAGAGUGCAGGCAACAAACUGGUGCUUAUUCGAGGUCGAUUCCACGCUCACCCACCUGGGGCCUACUGGGCAGGAAAUCCUGUGUUCACAGCUUUCUGUGCUCCACUGGAGACAAGACCCCGCCCCGGCCCUGGCCCUGGCCCUGGUCCUGGCCCAGCCUCACUCUUCCUUGCCAUGUUCCAGAGUCGUCAUGCUAAGGACCUGGCCCUUCUGGAUAUCUCAGAGAGUGUCCUAAUCUACCUGGGCUUUGAGCGCAGUGAGCUGCUCUGUAAAUCAUGGUAUGGAUUGCUACACCCUGAGGACCUGGGCCACGCUUCUGCUCAACACUACCGCUUGUUGGCUGAAAGUGGAGAUAUUCAGGCAGAGAUGGUGGUGAGACUGCUGGCUAAGCCUGGAGGCUGGGCAUGGAUUUACUGCCUUUUAUAUUCAGAAGGUCCAGAGGGCCCCAUUACUGCCAAUAACUACCCAAUCAGUGACAUGGAAGCCUGGAGCCUCCGCCAGCAGUUGAACUCUGAAGAAACCCAGGCAGCCUAUGUCCUGGGCACCCCGACCAUGUUGCCCUCAUUCCCGGAGAACAUCCUCUCCCAGGAGCAGUGCUCCAGCCCUAAUCCACUCUUCACCAUGGGGCCUCCCAGAAGCACCAGUUUCCCCAGUGCUCCUGAGCUAGGUGCUGUCUCAACAUCAGAAGAGCUUCCCCGAGCACCCAAAGACCUUGGCUUCAGUUACCUGACAUUCCCAUCAGGCCCUCAGCCUUCUCUUCAAGCAGACCUGAGCAAGGACCUCGUGUGCACGCCACCCUACACGCCCCACCAGCCAGGAGGCUGUGCCUUCCUCUUCAGCCUCCAUGAGCCCUUCCAGACCCACAUGCCCGGUCCAUCCACCUCUCUACAAGAACAGCUGACUCCAAGCACCGUGACUUUCUCUGAUCAGUUGACGCCCAACAGUGCAACUUUCCCAGAUCCACUGACUAGCCCACUACAAGGACAACUGACUGAAACCUCAGCCAGAAGCUAUGAAGAUCCUUGCACCUCCACCUUCCCAGACCAGCUGCUUCCCAGCACUGCCACCUUCCCAGAGCCUUUGAGCAGCCCUGCCCAGGAGCAGCUAACUUCUCCCAGCACAUCAUUCCAAGCACACCUGAACAGCCCCAGGCAAACUUUCCCAGAACAACUGAGCCCCAAUUCCAGCAAGACUUACUUCGCCCAGGAGGGAUGCAGUUUUCUCUAUGAGAAGUUGCCCCCAAGUCCUAGCAGCCCUGGUAAUGGGGAUUGCACACUCUUGGCCCUAGCCCAGCUCCGGGGUCCCCUCUCUGUGGAUGUGCCCCUGGUGCCCGAAGGCCUGCUUACACCUGAGGCCUCACCAGUCAAGCAGAGUUUUUUCCACUAUUCUGAGAAGGAGCAGAGUGAGAUAGACCGUCUCAUUCAGCAGAUCAGCCAGUUGGCUCAGGGCAUGGACCGACCCUUCUCGGCUGAGGCUGGCACGGGUGGGCUGGAACCACUUGGGGGGCUGGAGCCCCUGGACUCUAACCUUUCCCUGUCGGGGGCUGGUCCCCCUGUGCUCAGCCUGGAACUGAAACCCUGGAAAUGCCAGGAUCUGGAUUUCCUGACUGACCCUGAUCUGUUCCUGGAAGAGACGCCCGUGGAAGACAUCUUCAUGGACCUCUCUACCCCAGACCCCAAUGGGGAAUGGGAGUCUGAGGAUCCCGAGGCAGCGGUCCCUGGAGGGGCCUCAUCGCCUUGCAACAACCUGUCCCCAGAAGACCGCAGCUUCCUGGAGGACCUGGCCACAUAUGAAACCGCCUUUGAGACAGGUGUCUCAGCAUUCCCCUACGAUGGGUUUACUGAUGAGUUGCAUCAACUCCAGAGCCAAGUUCAAGACAGCUUCCAUAAAGAUGGAAGUGGAGGGGAACCAACGUUUUGA